CACACCCUUCCGGCGGCUGUGCACGACCUAGCGGACGUGCCCUUCCCUGUCCAGCCACCGCGGCCUCUCCCACCUCUCGCCGCGAAUCAUGCUUGCCUCCAGCCAGCCGCCCCUGCUGACUGUGCCGCCCUCACCGCCGGUCGUCCCCGGCGAGCAACCUCUCCAGAGGCGCGGGAUCCAGCCGCCGCCGCCAUGGAUUCAAUGGCCCCCCUUCAAUGGCCCCCCCUGCCCGGGAUCCAGCCGCCGCCGCCAUGGAUUCUUCCUCCCUUCCCCAAUGCCCCCCCUGUCCUCAUGGCCAGCCACCGCCGGUGAGUUACGCCACCACGCCCAAUGGCCCACCUGCCAGUCAUCGCGGCUCCACAUACGCCACCACGCCCAAUGCCCCCCUGCCAGUCACUGCUGCUCCACAUAUGAGCAUUAAUUCCACCAAAUUCCUUCGUCUUCCCCGCUCUUCAACUUCCCCGCUCUUCAACCUCCAUGCCACAAAUGCAUUUGAAACGGCCUUGCAACUCAAUUUAUGGCCCUCAUUAUCUCUUGCUUCAUUGCCCUGCAAUUGUGGAAAAGAUUGUUCUUAUAACCCCUCUGCCAUACGCAUCAACCACGAACGCCUGCUCACAUCCACGUCCGGGAACCAACUUCAGCCCUGCUAGGUUGUGCUACGGAUGGAAGGAUGCUGAGCCUGUAGGUUUUUGCUGCUCGGAUUGGCCACAUUACAUCACAGUUUUUUUUGCAGAUUGCUCUCCGGAUCGAAAGGUUCUUCAAAUUCUGCUUUGUAGGUCUCUUGCUCCUCGGAUUGGCUUCAAUUCAUUUUUGCAGCGGUCCCCUGCUUCUUCCGUUGGCUACAAUCUGCUUCCAUUUAAGUCAAUUUUGCCCACAUGCUUUGCUAAGAUGGAUAGCACCGCAAAUUCUUCUACAAAUCCUGGUAGCCAUUCAGUCCAAUGCGGUCGUGGGCGCCCCCGUCGUCAGUCACAACCAGUUGUCAUACCUGAAAUAAACCAAUCUGCUGCUUCCAAUAACCGCCGCCGACGUACAGAACUUAGAAAUAGAGAUGAACGUUCAGUACGCUGACGAUUAACCGGAGAGUCCUCUACGUCAGCUUGCCAAACACAAAAUUUGGCAUUAAUCCAUAAUCGAACUAUCUUUCAACCCUUAAACCUUGGGGGGCCCACACAUUCAUGCAAACAUUGUCGUUCUUUGUUUUGGUAUGAAGAGCGUAUCCGCAGAGAGAGACAUACUUCUGAUCCAACAUAUAAUUUGUGUUGUAAAGGAGGGAAAAUCUUGCUGAAACCAUAUGAUCCUCCUCCUCAGCCUCUAUUGGAUUUAUUAACCUCACAGAACACUACAACUUCGAACCACUUUUUUGAUCAUAUCAGGCAAUAUAAUACAAUGUUUGCGAUGACUUCAAUGGGUGCUAAAGUUAUUGAAUCCAUAAAUGAUGGCCGAGCACCCUAUGUUUUCAAGAUUACUGGUCAAGUCUGCCAUCGUAUCGGUUCUCUAAUGCGACCUGAGAAUCGUCGACCAGAAUAUGCACAAUUGUAUAUCUAUGAUACAGAGCAUGAGGUUAGAAACCGCAUAAAUAUUACUGCAUCUUCUCGCCCUUCAUCAUCUCGGUCUUCGUCUGCCCACCCUUCUUUCAAUGCUAAUCAAGAUAUUGUCCAGUCCUUUAUAUCGAUGCUUAACACCCACAAUCCCAUAGUGAAACUAUUUAGAACAGCACAGGAAAGAUUGACCGCAGAUGCUCCUGAUCAGUUCUUUAUCAGAUUAUAUGGCAAACCUGAUGCACAUGGAGACAUCUAUAGUGCUCCGGUCGCAUCUGAGGUUGUAGGGUUGGUUGUUGGUGAUAUUGGGUCAACUGAUGUUGGGCGGGACAUUAUAAUAGAUAACCGUUCAUCAGGAUUACAACAAAUCAAUGAAAAACAUUGCAAGUUUAUGGCUAUGCAGUAUCCUCUAUUAUUUCCAUAUGGAGAGGAUGGUUACCAUGAUGACCUCAUGUACCGCACCUCGCCACAAAGUCAAGCUAUAAGCCGUCAGAAAGUAACUAUGCUAGAGUACUAUGCAUAUAGACUACAUGAUAGACCAGGUGAUUUCAACACGCCAUUGAGAGGUAAAAGAUUGACACAAGCUUAUGAAGUGGAUGGUUAUUGUUGUGUUGAAGAAUUUCGUAUUGCAUUCUAUCGCAAGCCCGGAUUUCAGAAAAAAUAUAGAUCAUCACCAUAUAAUGACUUGGCCAAUUCUGUCUCAAGAGGUAAUACAUCCGGUUCUUCAGUUGGUCAAAGGAUUAUAUUGCCAUCUUCAUUCACCGGAGGCCCGCGAUAUAUGUACCAAAAUUAUCAAGAUUCGAUCGCUAUAUGUAGGAAUUAUGGCUGCCCAGAUCUCUUUGUCACAUUCACUUCAAAUGCAGCUUGGCCUGAGAUAGUAGAGGCUCUAUCAUCCAUUCCAGGGCAACAACCUUCUGACCGUCCAGAUAUUGUCAAUAGGGUAUUCAAAAUGAAGCUAAAUAUCCUAAUGGAUGAUAUUAAAAAGAAAAAAUUCUUUGGACCAACGAAUGCAGGUAAUUUGUCUCCCCACAUCAUUAAUUGAUUUAAUGUUGCCCGAAUCCAACAUUUCCUUUAUGUAAAUAACAUGCCUGUCUUUUGUAGUUAUCUACACCAUUGAAUUUCAGAAACGUGGACUUCCUCAUGUCCAUUUCAUCAUAUGGUUAUCCAAAGAUGAACCCCUAGAUGCGAAAAAGAUAGACUUUCUUAUUUCGGCUCAGUUGCCAGAUCCUAAAAAUGAUCCAAUAGGUUAUGAUGUUGUAUCGUCAUUCAUGAUACACGGGCCCUGUGGUAAUCUAAAUACUAAAUAUCCCUGUAUGUCUGAAGGAAAAUGCACAAAAUUCUAUCCUAAAGAUUUCUGUGAGCAAACAACUAUAUUGGAGAAUGGUUUCACACAAUAUGCAAGGCCAAACAAUGGAAUAACUGUCAACAAAAAUGGAGUUGACAUUGAUAACAGAUUUGUUGUUCCUCACAAUGUCGACUUGGUAGUUAAAUAUCAAGCUCACAUAAAUGUAGAGAAGGUUAAUCAUGAUGGCAUGCACAAAUAUCUUUUCAAGUAUGUCACAAAAGGAUUUGAUUCUGCUAGAACUAAAAUCCAUUCAAAUUCUGGAUCAUCCAAUUCAUCAAGUGAAACAGUCAAUGAAAUAGAAAAUUAUCUAGAAUGUCGCUGUAUUACACCAAAUGAGGAUGGUUGGCGCUUGCUAGAGUAUGAUAUUCACUAUGCAGACCCUUCCGUAGAAAGACUUCCAGUUCAUCUUCCAUUUGAGAAUAAUGUAAUUUACUCAGAAGAUGAUGACCUUGAAGAAGUGAUUGAAAAUCCAAGGAAUAUGACGACUAAGUUGACUGCAUGGUUAGAAGCUAAUAUGCAACACCCUCUGGCUAAACAAUAUACCUACAUAGAAUUUCCUGAAUAUUUUACAUGGCACUCCAACUCAAAUGGCAAAUACUGGGAUUAUCGUCGUGGUUCUAGAAGAAUUGGCAGAAUUGCUUAUGUCAACCCUUCCCAAGGGGACCUUCACUAUCUACGUUUGUUGCUCAACAUUGUCAAAGGUCCAACCUCCUUCCCUCAAAUCAGAACUAUAAAUGGCCAUGAAUAUCCUACAUUUCGUGUUGCAUGUGAGGCUUUAGGUCUCCUUGGUGAUGAUGAAAAAUGGUCCAAUGCCUUAAAAGAUGCCUCUCAAUGGGCCAUGCCUUACCAGUUACGCCAACUGUUUGUCACAAUUUUGCUCUUUUGUGAGGUAACAAAUCCUAGAAAACUUUUUGAUGACCACGCGUCAAAAAUGUCUGAAGAUGCAGCCCAUCAAUUGAGUCAGAACCGUGGUCAAGCUAGCAAUCCCUUGGCCGAUAUAUAUAUUUCAUCUUAUCUUUUGAAUGAAUUGGAUAAAUUGCUAAGAGAUGCAGGAUAUUGUUUAUCCCAUUUUAAUUUGCCGCUACCUGAUGACACUGCUAAUAUUUCAAGACAAAAUAGGCUACUACUAGAUGAGCUCAAUUAUGAUGUGCCUGCUAUGAUUGGCACUUUACAUGACAACCUUUCAAUGCUGAACAACAACCAGAAAGAUGUUUUUGAUGCUAUUUACAAUUCUGUGAUGAAUGCUGAAGGUCAAACAUUUUUUGUUUAUGGAUAUGGAGGAACUGGAAAAACUUUCUUAUGGACUACUUUGCUUAAUUCUAUAAGAAGCAAGGGGAAAAUUGCAUUAGCAGUUGCAUCAUUGGGAAUUGCUUCCCUACUGCUACCAGGGGGUCGAACCCCCCAUUCCCGUUUUAAAAUUCCUUUAGACAUUUCUCAGAGUUCCAUGUGUAGUAUAAAGAAAAAUACACACUUAGCAGAACUUAUCCAAAAAACUUCUCUUAUUGUAUGGGAUGAGGCCCCUGUUAAUAAUAGAUAUUGUUUUGAAGCAUUGGAUCGUACACUUAGAGAUAUAUUAUCAGAAACAAGGCAAAAUGCAGAAAAUAAGCAAUUUGGUGGUAUAACUGUUGUGCUUGGUGGAGAUUUUCGACAAACACUUCCAGUAAUACAAAAUGCAACAAAAGCCCAAAUUCUAAGGUCAUGCAUUGUUAAUUCUUAUUUAUGGAGACAAUGUAAGCUUCUCCAGUUAACUGAAAAUAUGAGGCUGAUGUCAGGAAAUCUCUCCACCUCAGACAGAGAGGAGCUAAGUAAUUUUGCUGAAUGGCUUCUUAGGGUGGGCAAUGGAACAGAACCUAUUGUUUCUGUCCCAAAUGAUUCCAGUAACUCAUUUAUAAAGAUUCCAGAGUCUUUGCUUCUGUCAUCAGAUUGUAGGAACCUUGAUGGAUUGAUAUCAUUUGUCUAUGACUUAGGUUCUGAGCCAGCAAAUAUUUCAUCAUAUUUGUGUCAAUGUGCAAUUUUAGCACCUACAAAUGAGGUGGUUUCAGAUAUAAAUACCAGAAUGAUUGCUCAGCUAAAAAUGUCUGAAAUGUCUUACUAUAGUUCUGAUUUAAUUGACGAUAGCACUGCUAAUCAUUCCACUCUUGAAGCAUUAUACCCAACAGAGUUUCUAAACACAAUUCCGAUGCCCGGACUUCCUGACCAUAAGUUGCACUUGAAGAUUGGUGUUCCAAUUAUGCUUUUGCGCAAUCUUGAUCCAUCAAGGGGACUUUGUAAUGGUACUAGGCUGAUUGUCACCCAAUUGACAAAUCGUGUGAUUGAAGGUGAAAUCAUAACAGGGAAGGCUACAGGUUCAAAAGUAUAUAUCCCACACAUUGUCACAACAUCAACUCACUCAAGGUGGCCCUUCAAAUUGAGACGGCGCCAGUUCCCCGUGCGCCUUUCGUAUGCAAUGACCAUAAACAAGGGCAAACCUUAAAUAGAGUUGGAGUCUAUUUGCCAUCUCCAGUGUUCUCUCAUGGUCAAUUAUAUGUAGCAUUUUCCAGAGUUACUUCACCAAAGGGGUUGAGAGUUCUAAUUGAAAAUAGUCCAGUUUUUUAUGAGAAUUGCACCCAUAAUGUAGUCUAUGCUGAAGUUUUUAGUCAAAUUAAUAGACUAUGAAACUGAAUAAAGGAAUUUCCUACAUUCAAGUGUGUUUACCCUACAUAAUUAUUACUCCAUUUAAUACAUCGUUAUUAUGCAAUU